AUGCGUCUCGCCAGUCCGCUCAGGUCCUGCUGCCUCCUACUGCUCCUGGGGGCUCUGCCUGCAUGGGCAGCCCACGAUGAUCCCCUUGAGAAGGUCAUAGAAGGGUUCAGCCGAGGGCUGAGCAACGCAGAGAGAGAGGUGGGCAAGGCCCUUGAAGGCAUCAAUAAUGGAAUCACUCAAGCUGGAAGGGAAGUGGAGAAAGUUAUUAAUGGACUUAGCAACAUGGGGAGCCAGGCUGGCAAGGAUUUGGACCGUGGCUUGGACAAGGUAGCCCAUGGCAUCAACAAUGGCGUCGGACACGCAGAAAAGGAAGCAGAGAAGUUAACCCAUGGGGUCAACCACGCCGCUGGACAGGUUGGGAAGGAGACAGACAAAAUCAUCCAUCAUGGGGUCCAUCACGGGGUCAACCAGGCGGGCAAUGAAGCAGGGAGGUUUGCUCAGGGGGCCCAACAUGGUUGGGGGCAGGCUGGAAAUGAGGCUGGGAGGUUGGGACAGGGGGCUCACCAUGCUCUUGGUCAGGGUGGGAAGCAGACAGAGAAAUUAGGUCAAGGGGCCCACCAUGCUCUUGGUCAGGGUGGGAAGCAGGCAGAGAAAUUAGGUCAAGGGGCUCACCAUGCUCUUGGUCAGGGUGGGAAGCAGGCAGAGAAAUUAGGUCAAGGGGCUCACCAUGCUCUUGGUCAGGGUGGGAAGCAGGCAGAGAAAUUAGGUCAAGGGGCUCACAAUGCCUUUGGUCAGCCUGGGAAACAAGCAGAAAAAUUUGGUCAGGAUGGUCACCAUGCGUUUGGUCAGCCUUCGAAGGAAGUAGAGAAGUUUGGUCAAGGGGUUCACAACGCUUUUGGUCAGGCUGAGAAGGAGGCAGAGAAAUUGGGUCAGGGGGUCCACCAUGCCUUUGGUCAGGCUGGAAAAGAAGGAGGGAAUGUUGGUCAGGGGGUCCACCAUGCCUUUGGUCAGGCUGGGAGGGAAGGAGAGAAAGUGGUGCAAGGGGCCAAUCAGGGACUUAGCCAUGCUGCAAUGGAGGCACAACAGUUUGCCCAUGCUCAUGGCCAUGGUUAUUAUGCUGCAGGGCAGCCUUGGCAAGAGGGAGACAAAGUAAUGCAUUCUGGAGUCAACCAGGCUGGGAAGGAGAUGGAGCAUUUUGGCCAGGGUGUCCGCCAUACCAUUGACCAGGCUGGAAAGGAGACAGAAAAGGUGGUCCAAGGGGUCCAGACUGGGGUCAACCAGGCCGAGAAGGAGGCAGAGAAAGUGGGUCAAGGGGUCAACUCUGGGGUCAACCAGGCCAGGAAGGAAGCAGAGAAAGUUGGCCAAGGGGUCCACACUGGGGUCAACCAGGCCGAGAAGGAGGCAGAGAAAAUUGGCCAAGCGGUCAACUAUGCUGCUGGCCAGGCCGAAAAGGAAGCGGAGAAGCUUGGCCAAGGUGUCCACCAUGCUGCUGGCCAGGCCGGGAAGGAAAUGGACAGGUUGCAACAAGAUGUACAUAAUGGGGUCAACCAAGCCAGCAAGGAGGCCAACCAGCUGCUGAAUGGCGCUCAUCAAGGCGGGCACGCAGGCCAACACGGAGGGGCCGCAACCACUACAUUAGCAUCUGGGGCCUCGGUCAACAAGCCAUUUAUCAACUUCCCAGCUCUGUGGAGGAGUAUCACCGCCAUCAUGCCCUAAACUGAUGCCCAGGCAACACAGAAUGUUCAUGUUGUCACAUCAGCUGGAAUGGCCUGGAGGAGCUGGGGGUGGCGGAGAGCUUCCUGGGUGUCCUUAGCGGGG